AUGGCAAUAAGACAACUCUUGAUAUUAACAAUUGCUUUAUUUUUAGUUAUUGUAAAAACUGAAGUGUUAUGUUCUCCUGGGUGUAUCAAUGGGUGUAGUGCAAAUUACACAUGUGCUUAUGAAUGCAAAGAAGGAUACGAUGAUGAUAAUACCUGUGACCACUGUGAAAGGACGAAUCAAUAUGAUUACAGUUCUCCAGUUUACUUACAAAAUGAUGAUUUAAAAUGUGUAAAAUUUGCUCAAAAGGUAGAGAAAAAUGAACUUUCUGAUUGGUUGCCCGCAGAAGAACACAUAGAAGAAAUUUACAUUGGAAAAACAAAAGAAUUAACACUUGAUAGUAAUAGUUAUGUCGAUUUUUCUUUUUGUUAUUACAGACAGAAAUACAGACAAGGGAAAUGGUUCAAAAUGGAUGUUACUAAAAUUCAAAAAGAUCACAUAUCAAUUGAAAUCAAUAAAACUGACAGUACUGAUGAACAAGUUGAUUUAUUUGUAGAUGGUACCAAUUCACAAUAUUAUGCUCCAAACCCAUUCUGUUUUAUUCAUUUUUUCUCAAAUAAAACAAAUUAUAAUACAAUUGGAAGGUUUCCAUUUGUAAUCAGAGAAGGUACAGAUUUGAACCAAACUAUCUAUUAUUACUUCUUCGCAAACAUCAGAGGUCAUACAAAUAAAUUGUCUUGUUCACUUACUUUUAAAGAAGAUGACAACCUUCAAAUCAUCGAAAAUUUCAAUAUCAAACAAGAUUUUUUCAAUGAAUUAUCUAUGGAUUUGACUAAGAAAACAACCCUUGUAAUACCAUUUGAACAAAUAGGGUAUUACGCAUAUUCAGCAUGUAUGCCCAGUGUUUUCAUGAAAGCAAUGCUUUUUACAUUAGAAUACAAAGGUCGAGGCUAUGUAUUUAUUGACACAAGAGCAGCAAAUAGAGUUGUUUACCUAAAUCAAUUGUACAUGGAAUAUGCCGAUGAUGGCAAUGUACUUGAAAGAUCAUGUAAGAAAUAUUCUGUUGGCAAAAAACUAGACAUAGAACUAUCAAGAGAAGACGAUGGUAAUACUCAUCAAGGCAAUGGAAUUCAUGUAAGGUUAGAUAACACAACAGAUAGACAUUAUUUAUCUUUUUUAUCUGAAAAUUACAGAGUUGAAAUUAAAAUGACACUUUCAAUUAUUUGUCCCAAUGACUGUAAUGCCGAAAAAGGAUUUGGAAGAUGUGACACCGAAUUGGGUGAAUGUGUUUGUAAAAAUGGGUAUGGUGGAGAUGAUUGCCAUUUGUUGUGUUAUUACAAUAAUAUAUGGCAAAUUCCAGCUGAAUCAAAUUUGUGUUACUUUGGAUCCAAAGACUGUGACCAAUACUGUCAAUGCACAAAUGGAAAAAGUGUAAAUAAUCACAUGUGCGUUACAGCUGAAUGUCGAAAUGGUGACUUGGGUUAUGGCGAUGAAUGCAAAUUAGACACCGAAGGUUGUGAUGGUGGAUGUCAUUGUGAUGACAAAAUGAAUUAUUCGAGUUAUGGUGGUGUAUGUGUUAGUGGUAAAUGCGGCAAUGGUAAAAUAGACAAGUACUAUGAAUCAAAUGGAAAGUAUAUUCGAACUGAAGAAUGUGACGGUGGCGUGAACUGUAAUAUCAUUUGCCAGUGUAUUGAAGGAUUCAUCACUUCUCCAGAUGACCCUUUUAGUUGUAUC